AUGACUCCUCAACAGUUGGCAAAUUUGUCUUGGGAAGACUUUAAGACGGAAAUAUAUGACAAGUACAUUCCAAAAAGCUACCGCAAGAGAAAGGAAACUGAAUUCUACAACCUAAAGCAAAACAAGAUGUCUGUAACAGAUUAUGAUCGUGUUUUCUGCGACAUGUCCCGCUAUGCUCCACAACAGGUGGAUACUGAUGAAAAGAUGUCGGAGAAGUUUCGUUCUGGUCUUAGACACGAGAUAAAAAUGGCACUCGCCAGUCACGGUGAUCUUACUUACUCUGAGGCGCUCAGCAGAGCUCUGGAUGUCGAGGCAGCUAUGCCCGAGGAUCGCCCAGCUCAAACUCAUGCUCAGGGAGCAAAUGAUCGAGGAAAGAGAAAAUGGGAAGGUAACAACAAUAACAACAGAGGCUACUAUAACAGUCAAGACGAGAAGAGGCCUUGGCAGGGAAACAUGAUGCCACAAGGACAAGGACAACAGACUCACCCAGGACCCGUUGGAAACAAUCAGGGUCAACUUAGGGCACCUGUAUGCCCAAAGUGCUCCAAACAACAUCAUGGUGUAUGUCUGGCUGGCAGUAAUACCUGCUUUAAAUGUGGUCAGAAGGGCCAUUUUGCUAAGAAUUGUCAAGGCAAGGCGCCAGGAGGAAUAGGAAGGCCGAAUCAGUCAGGCCAAGCCCAACCACUCAGAGCCAUUCAGGGCCAGCAACUGCCAUAUCCACCACGUCAGCAUCAACUUGCACCUCGCCCACCACAACCUCCUCAAGCUAGAGCCUACGCCCUGCACAAGAACAAUCAGGGAAAUAACCAAGGAAACCUGGCAGGUAUGGGCAUGUUACUCAAAACACCUGUUGUACUUUUGUUUGACACGGGUGCUUCACAUUCUUUCAUUGCAAGUGCAUGCGUCGACACUCUAGAACUUAAAUAG